AUGUCUCUCGCAGAAUCAAAGAUGAACCUUCUGGCUCUUCCGAGCGAGUUGCUCUUGUGCAUCGCUGCGAGCCUACCCAGAGCGAAGGAUAUUCUGUCUUUCGCCCAGGUCAGCCGGAAGAGAUCUGACCUGUUACUUUCAUCUCUUUACAAAUUCAAUAUCCAGCAUCAAAACAGCUCGGCAUUGCAUUGGGCCGCACAGAAGGGAGAUUUACAUGUGGCAGAGGUUAUGCUGCACCAGUACCAGCCUGAUGUCAACGCCAUCCAUGACGCGAAAACGCCGCUUGUGUAUGCAGCAACCCACGGAUCAGAGUCGAUUGUCAAGGCCCUUCUCKCCAACCCUCAGAUUUCAGUCAACUUCCAAAACGAACAGGGUCAGUGCGCCUUAUGGUGCGCAGCAAUGCACGGAUUCACAGAAAUUGUUGAGGGCCUAUUGCAGCGUCCCGAUAUCCAAGUGGACCUCCAGGAGACAAAAUAUGGCCGCACCCCACUGGCUGCAGCAGUGGCCAAGGGGCAUGCACCUAUCGUUAAGCAGAUUAUUGACACAGGCCGAGCAAAUAUCAACGCGCCUGACCGAUGGGGCCUCACACCGGUUUUUCACGCCAUCGAUCGCCAAGAUUCAGCGAUUCUCGAAAUCUUGCUUGCGAAUGACAUGCUUGACCUGUCCUGGCAGGAUGGUUUUGGCCACACAGCUCUCAUCUACAGCGUGUCAACGGGCCAAACAGCCCUGACGAAGAUGCUCUUGGGCCACCCAAAGCCGUACGUGGACAAUCGAGAUCGACAUGGCCGGACGGCGCUGUUCCACGCAGUGCACCAAGGCAACGGAGACCUCGUGCAACUGCUCCUCGACAGCGGCUCGAAUAUCGGCGCCACAGACGUAGACGGCCUGAGCCCGCUCCACUUAGCAAUUAGGCAGGAAAACUUGCCCAUGGUGCAGAAGUUAUUGACUCAUUCACGUCGUGAUCCUUCGACGCUAUGGCCUGGAGCGACCCAUGGCAUCCACACCGAACCACCGCCAUUAUGCCUGGCCACCAGUCAGGCGAGUGAGGAUAUCGUGCGGCUGUUGCUCGAUCACGGCUGGAACGUGAACGAAGUGGACGCAGAAGGCCAAACACCAUUGCAUUUGGCUGCCGAAAUUGGAGAUCAAACAGUCGUCCGGGUCUUUUUGGAUCACACGCAGGUCGAUUUGCAUGCGCAGGACCGGUGGGGAUCGACAGCAUUGCACAAUGCCGCCAAUCGAGGGCACUUGGCUGUAGUCGAUCUGCUUCUGGCUGAGCCGAGCAUUGACAUCAACGCCAAGGAUAGGAACGGAGCGACCGCGCUCUGGUGGGCCACACGACGCAACAACACACGUGUGGCCGCACGGCUGCUGGCCGAACCGAACGUAGACAUCAACGCCGUUGGCCUGUUCGAGCGACCCCUCCCGGAUCGAUCGACUUCCCUCCAUCAUGCUGUCCGGGGACGAGCAAACUUGAUCAUCCGCCUGCUUUUAAGGGAGAAGAGCCUCGAUCCCAAUGUCGUCGACCAUCAGGGCUGGACUCCGCUCGCCUGUGCAGCCCGCCAGGGCGACGUCAAGACGGUGGAAUGGCUGCUCGCGCGACCAGAUAUUCAAGUGAAUGCAAGCAAACAAAACGAACAAUCACCGCUGUGGUUAGCUGCAAGGCACGGCCAUAUCCGAGUGGUUCAACGGCUCCUAAAGUUCCGAAAUAUUGACAUUAACCAAGGAUGGGGAGGAUACCUGUCACCACUGUCGGCUGCCAUCGUUGCAGGCCACACGGAUGUGGUCAUGCAGCUGCUCGCCUGCGGGGACCGACUGGACAUUAACGCGCAAACCUACCAAAAGGAAUCCGCGCUGUCUCUAGCCGCCCACUACGGGCAGCUGCAGGUGGUCGACACCGUGCUGCAAGACGGUCGGACGGACCGAAAUAGCGUUGACGAUCAAGGGCGCACCGCUCUGUGGUGGGCGGCCUACGAAGGGCAUACGACCGUUGUGAGGCGGUUACUCGAGGAUACCGAUGUCCAAGUUGACAUCAAGGAUCACCAGGGAGCGGAUGCUCUAGAGGCCGCGCGGAGUAAACAUCAUUUUGGUGUCAUAGGUCUCCUGGGGGCUUACCGAGUGGGUCAUCGCCGCGACAACAUUAACCCAACCUGA